AUGAAAACAAGAGAUUUUGGCAAAUAUGCGAAAAAAGAGAAAGAAAUUUUGUUGGAUGAAAGUGCGGAAACCAUAAGUCGCAAAUCUGAUGACAAAUACGAAGGAAUGGACAAAAUCUUCAACCGAAUGCCUCACUUCUCCGGUUACCAAUUCUUGGUGCUCGUGCUCGGCUCAUGGAUGUGCUUCUGUGCAGGGCAUGUUCAAACCGGUUCAGUUUUCCUUCAAGCGGCUCCGGAAGAGUACAGGUGUCACAAUGAGCUGGAUGAGAUUGCGGAAGGAGCGAAUUACUCGAAUACGGAAUUUGCUUCAGGAGGAAAUUGCAAGGUCUUCGAAAUUGAUUGGAAGAAGCAAUGUCCUGACUCAUCGACUCCAGAAGAAUACGAAUUCUGCAUGAUCGAGAAAAAGCUCAACGAAACAUCUGUCUGCUCAAAAUGCGAAGAUUUCGAAUACUCUCCCGACAACACAUUCACUGAAACUGUUAAGACACAAUUCGAUUGGGUGUGCGAUGACAAAGUCAUUCCGACCGAUUCAAUUUCGACUUGCAUCUUCAUGACUGGCUUGUUUUUUGGAGCCCUUGGUUUUGGAAUGAUUUCCGACCGAAUUGGAAGAAAGAAUACUUUGCUUCUCGCUGGAUUCUUACAUUUUGGUGGAAACUUGACGCUUUAUUGGAUCGACAAUGUCUGGGCGUAUACUUUUAUUAGGCUUGCUUGUGGGGCAUUCGGGACGGCGCAUGGAGGAGUCGUGGUUGGAUACGUCUACGUCAUGGAAUUCAUGGGGCCAAAGUGGCGCGCAAAUGUUGCGAACCAAUAUUUGACGAUUUUCAGCUUAGGUUUCAUGUCUCUCUCCCUGAUCGCUUACUAUGCACGGGACUGGCACACGAUGGAACUGGUGAUUGCUCUCUGCGUCACGCCCGUUUUUGCUUUUCACUUUGUUCUGCCAAAGAGCUACAGAUGGCUUUACAGUAAAGAUCGAAUUACUGAAGCUCGUCAAGCAGUUCUGACGUUUUCGGACAAAACUGGUGGUUCCUUGGACCUAAAUUAUCUUGAAAAAGUCGAAGCCGCAGCAAAAUCCGGCGAUGGAGAGCAAGUCAAGAUUCUAGAAGUCUUCAAGUACCCAAAAAUGAAGUGGAUCACCGUCAACUGCAUGUAUGGCUGGUUCGUGACUUCAAUGGUCUACUACGGGCUUGGACUAAAUGCAGGGAGCCUCACAGGGAAUUUGUUCGUCAACAAUGUGAUAAACGGAUGCUUUGAAAUCGCAGCUCGAUUGCUCGCGCCGUUCAUUCUUGAGUGGAAAAUGAUGGGAAGAAGAGGCAGUUUGAUCUUUUUCUUCAUGGUUUGCUCGCUCUCCUGCAUCGGUUCCCUGAUUCUGACACUCCAGGCUAACUGUGAGCCUACCUAUGAUCCUGAUGAUUGCUCGGAGACUCCGAUCAUUCCAGCUGACUGUAAUAGAAAUCUUCUAAAUAUUGCUUCAUACACUGCCUUUCUCGGGAAAUUCGCUGUUGCUGGGACCUUUUCUGUCCUAUAUGUUUACAGUGCUGAAUUAUACCCAACUUGUGUGCGAGGAUCUGCUGUUGGACUUUGCUCUUCCGCCGCUCGAGUUGGUGGAGCCAUCUCACCUCUGAUAUUCGGCCUUGAUGGCACCAUUUGGGCUGGAUUCUCAAAUACUGUCUUCGGAACUUUAGGAUUUAUUGCCGCUGUUCUUGCCUGGUUCAUGCCUGAGACUCAAGGAAAAUGCAUGUCACAGACUAUGGAAGAAGCAGAAGCUUCCUACUAUCAGCCAAAUAAUGUCCGGCCAGAAGAACAAUCUGACAAUGAAAAAUCCCGUGCUUCGAUUGAAAGUUCAACUAGUUUCUAA